AUGGUUACUUUUGCCUGCGAUGCUUGCCAAGAAAUACACAAAAAGGCCAAAUUGGAUGCACAUGCUGCAAAAUGCAGGGGUGCUCGAUUUUCGUGUCUCGACUGCAACACGUCGUUCUCAGGCGAUCAGUAUCGCAACCACACCACAUGUAUUAGUGAGGCAGAGAAAUAUCAAAAGACCAACUUUGUCAAGAAUAAAACUAGCGCCUUGUCAAAUGUUGCCAAGAAGAGGUGUAUCAACCCCGCCCCCAUUGGCUCUGAUUCUGCAUUAGCUUUGCCAGCGUCUCUGGCCACACCUUUGCCAGCGUCUCUGGCCACACCUUUGCCAGCGUCUCCGGCCACACCUUUGCCAGCGUCUCCGGCCACACCUUUGCCAGCGUCUCUGGCCACACCUUUGCCAACCUUUUUAACAGUUCCUUUUCGUAUUCCUAGGAAUGUUGAAAAGAAAUUGGCCAAACAUAUUUCUUUAUACAAACUUUUAAAACAUUUAAAGCGGCAAAAACUCGACCAUCAAGCAAAAGGGCUGUUGAAAACUAUUUUUGUAACCUCAAGGGAUCCUCGAAACCUUGAAAUGCGCAUUACCAAAUAA